AUGCGCCCCGUUGAGAUCUCUGGUGUCGGAUACAUGGGCAACGAGUUGGUGACGACGGGGCUCUCUGCGGGAGGCGGGGUGCGGGCGGCCACUGGCUUGUAUUUCUCCGUGAUCAAACGCCUAAGGAGGGCGUGCACAGUGUUGUGCGAGGGCCGAAAUUCUUCUUCUUCCGUUUACACGCUGUAG